AUAAUUGCCAACUACUCCUUUUUAUCGAAAACUAACAAGAUGUCUGGUCCAUUGAUCAAUCGUUCCUUAACCACGAUAAGAACCGAGUUGGAGUUCUUGCAUGACUCAGAGGUUAUCACCCAGGGCUUGUACAACAAGCUUUUGGAGUCGCUUCCUCCCAAAUACCAAAAGGACAUGGCGCCUUGGGGAGUAGAAAAGUUGGACGGCUCGUUUGCUGCUCCCUCUGCCGCUCCACCAUCUGGUCCUCCCCCUUCUAGCACCGACAAGCUAGCCGAGGACUUUGCUAAGUCUAGCAUCACCAAUAACGUUCCAGCCCCAAGUCAACCACCACGUUCAUUCAGUGCCAAACCACUCGGCUACUGCAAGGCAUUGUAUGACUACUCCGGUGCAGAAGCUGACGAUAUUCCUUUGACCAAGGGAGACAGAAUCGCCGUUGUGGAACACUUAUCUGAAGACUGGUGGAAGGGCUACAAGAAGGGAGGCAGUCCCGAAAAACCAGGAGUAUUCCCAUCCAAUUACGUCAGUGUGAUAUCGGAGCAAGAAUUCAAUGUGGGAACCACCAGUCGUGCCCCAGUAGUUCCUCCCCAAGAAGAGAAGUCGAGCUACGCUCCUCCACAACUGUACUCACCUAGCCCAAGCUAUCAUCAACCACCUCCACAAUACGGGCAACCUCAACAACAAAUCCAGCCACAACCUUCCUACGGUGGCUACGCACAAUUCCCACCUCCAUCUACAGGCUACUACUCUCCACAACCUCAGCAGCAGACCUACGCCCAACCCCAGGCCGCGGUUGUAGAACAGCAACAGCCUGAACAACCAUCCCAUUUAAAGAAAUUCGGUAGCAAGUUGGGUAAUGCAGCCAUCUUCGGUGCCGGUGCUACAAUUGGUGGUGACAUUGUCAACUCCAUUUUCUAAAGAGAUCACUGGGUGAUCAAUAUAUAGGAUAAAUAAAUUGAUUUUUAAGCCCGAG